AUGCCCAGAGAUUCGGACGAAGAAGUCGAAUCAUCUCUUGAGGUGCCGAAGUAUGAGACCCAGUUCGUCCCCCAGGAUGAUGAUGAGGAGACCCUGUGGGAGGUCAUUGAGAUUUUGGCUGAGAAGGGGAGUCGCUACAGGGUCAGAUGGGCAGGAAAUGACCCAACUACGGGUCAACCUUGGGCACCGAGCUGGGUCCCGAAGAAGGACUGCACUGACAAGCUGAUACAGGAGUGGAAGGUUGCACAGGCUAAGAAGAAGAGGGUGAAGGAGAAGAAGAGUGACGGGAAAGGACGCGCAUCCACAUCUUCCUCUAGGACAUCUAGGACCUCAAAAAAAUCCUCAGUUACACCAGUUGUUCCAACCUCGAGGCGGACGAGGCUUUCGUCCACAGCGGCUGUUCCAGGCCCAUCUUCAAACAAAGCCCAAGCUUCGACGUCGAAGGUCUCCAGUGGCUCAAGACUUCCCGUCUCACAUGAAGAACCUCUACCAUUACCUCCCAAGAAACGGGCAUUGUCCAGGCAGGCGUCUGGAGAGGUGGAGGAUGGUGAGGACCCAGAGCAUCCAGAGGCCCGCCCCAGAAAGAAACGGAGAGUGACAGUUGAGGUCGUAAUCUCGCCGAAGACUCAGGGAGGGAUAAAGAUCGGUCCCCCUCGAGGCGUCAAGCAAACGGAACACGCUUCGAAAGAGUCCUCAACUGCGGACUCUGCUGAGGGGUCACCGAAGCCGAAGAGACCAAUCAAAGUUGGUCCUCCUCGAGUGGCCAAGAAGAAAGAACGUCCCAGGAAAAAGUCGAUACCAUCGAAACCUUCCGCCAUACCAGACGACGAAGAUCCGUCUCGACAACCCGAACAACCUGCUGUUACUUACGAGGAUGCUGAUGAAAAUGAUUUUCUAUUGCAUGACAAUCUGGCAGGUCAAGGCGAUUUCUGGGACUUUGAUUUGGCGUCGCGCAACGAAGACUCUGAUCACGCACCCAGUAGGGAGUACGUCAUCCCAGAAACGCAGUCGCUCCACGUUCAAACCAAAGACAUUCCUCCUACGAGCAACGGUCGCCAUUCAAUGCCUGACGCGGCUUCACCCAAGACACCUGUUGCCCCCCACACUCCUCGAUCCUCACAACGGAGCAUGAGUAUGGGAUCUAUCGUGUCGAAGAUGAAGGGCCGCAAUCCAGCUAAGCGAACGAAAACUAAAUCUCGACCAAAGGAGGAAGAAAGUGGUUCUAGCAACGAACGCGUCCAGGCGAAGAGGGGGUUGAAGCCGCUGCGUCCGGUACCCGUCCUAUCUCCUUCCGUAUUCUACGACCAUCUUCCUCAGCCCGACCCUCCUCCGAGCUCUAUCGAACAAUUUAGUUCCCCGGAGAAAGGCAGCGAAGCAGCUACUGCCGCCGUGAGGCGCAAGAUCCAGAAGGGCAUCAACAGGAGAGGCAAGUAUCAAGCCGUUGCCUCCAAGAAGGAUGAUGAGACGCUGCGCAUUCGCGGACAGCAGCUCGCUGAGCAGGCCUCUUCUGCACGUCGCACGCGCACGCCGCAGGACGAGGAUCAGUCGUACCUUUUCGAACCAGGUCUCAGCCCUGAGCCACCAAGUUUGGAAGAACAGAUUCACCCCGAAAUCCAGACUGCUGAUCUGUCUAAUUCACUGCAUCCUACCGAUGAAUCAGAACCUCUUAUAGACGAGCAUGACAUGUUUGAAACAUAUGUGGAUCUGAAUGGCGGUGUGGAGCACGACUCUGGCGAUCCAGUUGCAGAAGGACAACCCGAUGUAGCGUUAUCUCUUGGGCCGGACUUACCUGGGAGGAAGAGAGUUAGUCCGUUCAAUUCGGUGCAUAGGGCGAAACAUCAGCGUCGAACAGUCAAACAUGUGCAUCUACCUGAUUCAGAGGUUGGUCACACGGAAGGUGAUGCAUCAUUGAAUGAAGCUCAAUCAGCCUUCGAGAAUAUUCCCCCGAUGAGUUCUGUUCAACAGGUUGAUGUCGACAGCCAAUCUCAGCGAGCCCUAUUGGAGCAUCAAGUGGGCGAUCUCACCGCUGCUCUCGGUGCGAAGUCGGGCGAGAUAUCCGACUUGGAGAAGCGACUAUCCAAGCUCCAACUACAAGUCGAUCAGCUGAAGGACGAUAAUGCCAGCCUUCACAUGGAGGGUAAAGCACUCUCGGAGUUGCAACUGCAGAUUGCCGAAUUGAAGGGCGAAAAUGCGGGGCUUCUGGAGCGAUGCGAUGAAAUUGCGGCGUUGCGGCAAGAGUUGGCUCAGGCGAAGGCGGACAAUGCGAACCUCCUCGCGCGAAGUGAACGACUCCCGGAGCUGCAGACACAUAUCGCCCAACUGCAGGCGGAGAACUUGACCCUCUGCGCGAACGACAAACAGUACUCGGAGCUGCAGACACAGUUUACUCGUCUGGAGGCCGAGAAUGUGACACUUCGCGCGACUAUUCAGGAGUUGUCGGAGCUGCAGCCGCUCAUCACCAGCCUGAAAACUGAGAACACUACUCUCGUUAAGAAGGUCGAGGCCUCACAGCGUGCUAAGGCAGAUGCGGAGGAGCUCCGGGACUUGUUUCAGAAGCAGUACAAUAUGGCUUCCUCCUACACCUCCGAAGUGGAUGCGAAGAACAAGGAGCUGGAGUUGGAACUCAACAUAUCGAAGAGCCAAGUCUUGGACGGCCUUGCCAUGGUCAAGGGGCUCUACAUCGAACAGAUCAGGAAGCUGCAAGAGGAGUUGGACAAAUGGAAAGGUCGCUCUAAGAUUGUCAUGGAGAAGGACGAGAGGACGAACGACAAGAUACGCAGACAGGCCGCGUUGGAACCGCAGCUACGGGAGGAGAACGAGCAGUUGAAGAUCGCCCUGGAGAAGGCGAAGGCGAGCUGCCGCGACGUACAAGAAGCGCUGCGGCAGCUAUCGCACGACGCUGCAUCGCCAAAUUAUGCUCCGGGCGUGGAUUCAGGCGAUACCUCGUUGGAAAAUGAUGAUGAGGACUUACCCCUUCGUGGUCCGGAAGUUGCGAACAGCUAUACCGAGAGUUUCGUCCAAACAGAGGAUGGCCAACAUGGGCACUCUCCCUCGCAAGUACUGUCCUCCCAACGGUCGGAAAGUUUCCUGUACAGCGGGUUCAAUGGCUUCGACAAUGUCUACCACAUAUGCCAAUAUGUGACUGACGGUGCUAUGUGCAAUGCGCGCCUUGGGUCCGCUGAGGAGGUUCGCAAGCACGCAUAUCUCACGCAUUAUUCGAGAUUGCAAGAAUUUAUUGAUCUCUAG